CAGGGAGGCAGUAGUAGUUGAGACCCACAGAGGAAUGUGUUGUGCAUCGUAGUAGAUCUAUCUCUAGUUGAUGAUUUCUCCUGCUAUCAGGGUGACAUGGACGAGGGCAGUGUGAGGAAGAGGAAGGACAUGUUUAAUGGAGGCCCCGCCCCCAGCCCAACCUCCAAUAUGUCUGCCUCCCACUCCAAGCCUGCUGAGGAAGACGUGAAGGCUACCGUGCUACAGAAGGAGGUGGGCCUUUUGAGUGGGAUCUGUCUGAUCGUAGGAACCAUGAUCGGCUCCGGCAUCUUCAUCUCCCCUAAGGCAGUGCUGCUGGAAACGGGAGCCGUAGGACCUUGUCUGUGUGUCUGGGCCGCCUGCGGGGUGCUAGCUACACUGGGGGCGCUGUGCUACGCGGAGCUGGGCACCAUGAUCACUAAGUCUGGAGGGGAAUACCCAUACCUGAUGGAGGCCUUUGGGUCAGUGAUGGCCUACCUCUACUCAUGGAGCACCAUCAUGGUCCUAAAGCCCUCCUCCUUCGCCAUCAUCGCCCUGAGCUUCGCAGAGUAUGCCUCCACGCCGUUCUACCCAGGAUGCACUCCUCCCAUUGUGGUCACCAAGUGCCUGGCUGCAGCGUGCAUAUUUAUGAUAGUGUUGGUGAACUGUCUCAGUGUGAAGCUAGCCAGCUAUGUCCAGAACUUCUUCACUGCAGCCAAGCUUCUCAUCAUCCUGGUCAUCAUAGUGGCGGGCAUCGUCCUCUUGGCACAAGGAAACACUGAGAAUCUGUCCAACCCAUUUGAAGGAGCCUCAACCUCCUUUGGAUCCAUUGGACUGGCGUUUUACAACGGGCUCUGGGCCUACGAUGGGUGGAAUCAGCUGAACUUUAUAACAGAGGAGCUGGAAAACCCAUACAGAAACCUUCCCCUGGCCAUUAUCAUUGGUAUUCCUUUGGUGUCUGUGUGCUAUGUGCUGGUCAACAUUGCCUACUUCAGCGCCAUGACCGCUACGGAACUACUGCAGUCUCCCGCUGUUGCUGUGACUUUUGGUGACAGAGUGCUGUACCCCCUGUCAUGGGUAGUCCCUGUGUUUGUCGUCUUCUCCACCUUCGGAGCGGCCAAUGGGAGCUGCUUCACAGCCGGCAGGUUGACCUAUGUGGCAGGAAGAGAGGGUCACAUGGUAAAGAUCUUGUCCUAUAUCAGUCUGAAGCGUUACACUCCUUCCCCCGCACUCAUCUUCAAUGGUAUUCUGGCCGUAUUCUACAUUAUCCCAGCAGACAUCAACACCCUGAUCAACUACUUCAGUUUCGCCCAGUGGGCUUUCUACGGCCUCACAGCUCUCGCUCUCAUCGUCAUGCGCUUCACCAGGAAGGAACUCAAGAGGCCCGUCAAGUGUCCCAUGCCCAUAGCAGUGCUGGUGGUGAUAGUGUCCUGCUACCUGGUCCUAGCACCGAUCAUAGACAAGCCAGAGCUGGAGUAUCUGUACUGUACCAUCUUCAUCCUCAGCGGUCUGCUGCUCUACUUCCCCUUCGUUCACCGCAGGUUCAGCUGGACACGCAGGGUCAUGAGGCCAAUCACCAUGCACCUCCAGCUGCUGAUGGAGGUCGUUCCUCCUGAGAAAAACGAAUAGAGGAAGAUAAUAAACAGCCUAAACUGACUGAUGUGGACAAAUGUCUUUUAGUGCAUCCCAAAUGGUACCCUUUUCCUUAUGUGGUGCACUACCCAAUAGGCCCUAGUCAAAAGUAGUGCACUACUUAGGGAAUAGGGUGCCAAUUGAGACACAUGUUAGAAAUGAAGGUACUGUACUGUCUCAUAAUGAAUGUUCUGUACUGUGUCAUAAUGAAUGUUCUGUACUGUGUCAUAAUGAAUGUUCUGUACUGUGUCAUAAUGAAUGUUCUGUACUGUGUCAUAAUGAAUGUUCUGUACUGUGUCAUAAUGAAUGUUCUGUACUGUGUUAUAAUGAAUGUUCUGUACUGUGUCAUAAUGAACGUUCUGUACUGUGUCAUAAUGAACUAAUUGACUAGAUAUAGGAGGUCAAUGGCUCCAUCUCAAAUCACACCCUAUGCCCUAGGGAACGGGGCGCCAUCUCAAAUCACACCAUAUGCCCUAGGGAACGGGGCGCCAUUGGUCUGCAUCUCAAAUCACACCCUAUGCCCUAGGGAACGGGGCGCCAUCUCAACUCACACCCUAUACCCUAGGGAACGGGGCGCCAUCUCAAAUCACACCCUAUGCCCUAGGGAACGGGGCGCCAUUGGAGAAGCUGACAAUAUGCUGUUCUUGUACAUGACUUGAGAGAAUUUAAGAGAACCACAAUGAUGUCAUAUUUUUUGCUUUUAAAUUUGUCCUCGACAUUGUUAAAAAUCCCUCAUGUUUUGCGCUGUUCAAGCACUUGUAUAUAAUCUAUGUCUAAGGUUUAAAUUGUAUUUGACAAGUUAAAAGACAUAUUUGUCCCUAGUUGUCUUCUAUCUCGUCCACCAGCUGCCAGUUGAACCUGGGGACACGGUUCAUCUUAUACUGCCUACUGUGUGAUGUAUUCGUGUCACUCUAUACUGAAUUUUAUACUACUGAAUUCAACAGUUUCAAAACCUCUUCUCUUCUCGGAGUUGAAAAGUAGAUAGGGAGUUGUUGUGUUUGUGAAUAAAACAGCUUACCCUUCAA